AUGCGACAUUUUCUACUACCUCUCCUAUUCUGUGCCAUAUCUACCGUAUCCAUAGCUCACAAGAUUCUCGUCUUUUCACCGACAAUCUCCGCCUCGCACAUGAUCUCGAAUGGGCGGAUCGCCGACGAGUUGGCCAAGGCCGGCCAUGAUGUGGUGCUCUUCGAGCCGGACUUGUUGAACAUGUGGCACCGGGUGAAGAAUGCGAAGCUGGCCCGGAAGUGGCCUGUUUUUGGGUUCAGCGACAAGCUGAGCAAGGCCGUGAGUGGGUUUUCGUCGGCGUUUGAUGACGAGAGUACUAUUACGUACACCGGCAACAUGAUCAGCUACUCAAAGGCCUUCACCGCGCAGUGCGGAGAGCUUCUUGACAAAGUCGAGGAACUCGAAAAACUCAAGGCCGAGAAGUUCGACGCAUUUUUCGGGGAGCAGCUGAAUGGAUGCGGACACGGACUAGCGGAAUAUCUGGGGAUCAAGCGAAAAUUCUGGAUAUCGAGUUGCCCUAUAAUGGAUCAUAUGUCAUGGAUUAUCGGUCUUCCCCACCCACUUUCAUAUCUACCUUCCGUCGGAAAUGUCGAUUUUGGCGAUCGUCCAAAUUUCUAUCAACGAUUCCAGAAUAUCGUCGAGUACCUGGCCAGUCAGGUCGGUUUCGGCUACGACGCACACUACGGACCCUUGGAUCAAGAAUUUCAGAAGCGAUUCGGACCCGAUUUCCCGUCCAUCACCUCGAUUGAACGCUCCUCUGACGUCAUCUUCGUUUCUACCGAUGAGCUGAUCGAUUUCCCGAGGCCGAUAUUCCCUAAUAUCAUCCAUAUCGGAGGCCUGGGGAUGGAAGAUGAGAUCGUGAAGCCGUUGGAUGAGCAAUUCGCUCUCGAAAUGGAGAAAGGAAAAGACGGAGUGGUCUUCUUCUCGUUCGGCUCGAAUGUGAAUACUUCUCAACUACCUGCGGAAGUCAUGAAGACCCUCUUCGACGUCGUCAAGACGUUCCCGGAUCAUCACUUCAUCGCAAAAAUUGACAGAUACGACAAGGUAUCACCGACAUUCGCGGCGGGAGCCACAAAUGUAUUCCUGACCGAAUGGGCACCCCAGAGCACUUUAUUGAAACACCCACGUCUAAAAUGCAUGAUCGCUCACGGUGGCUACAAUUCUACAGGGUGGCCCGAAAGAGUGAAAAUGAGCAGUCACAGCGGAUCAGACUACCUGAAAUUGGCCGGGCUGGUGGCUGGUGGGCUGGUUGUUGGGUAUUUUGUCGGCGCAUUUGUGGGCCGGAAAAACGCGCGGGCAAAUCGGAUGAUAAAGCUUGAUUGUGAAAAGGUUGUGGACACGAUUGACCUCUCCGAAAUCCAACGAAAACCCAACGGCCAAUGGCGAACGUUUUGCCGAUGCUGGAAGUCGAAGAAUUGGCCCUACUGCGACAACGCGCACAAGGAGCAUAAUUCGCGGUGCGGCGACAACGUGGCCCAGCUGCGAAUUCUGGAGUCGAAGAAA